UCUGCUGGCUCUGGCGCCGCCGUGCAUGGCUCGCGAGGUUCCGGAGGGCUCUGGCAAGUCCUGAGGCGUUAGUUACAGAGAACGUGGGAAACCCGCGGCGUUGGCAAGUUCAAAAAGGAUGAGGAGGUUUGAGGUCAACUCUGAGCUAAUUUCUGAAUACUUUGGAAUCCCUUGUGAGAACUGAGAAAUGGCAAAAAGUCUUUUGGCUUCAUCUCUGUCUGUAAGAACAAAACUCUUACAAACAGGAGUGUCGCUUUAUAACACAACUCACGGCUUCCAUGAGGAGGAAGUAAAGAAGGUACUGGAGCAGUUUCCUGGUGGAUCCAUUGACCUUCAGAAGAAGCAGAAUGGCAUUGGCAUUCUGACACUAAACAAUCCUAAUAAAAUGAAUGCCUUCUCAGGUAUCAUGAUGCUAGAACUUUUGGAAAAAGUAAUUGAAUUAGAAAAUUGGACAGAAGGAAAAGGCCUCAUUGUCCAUGGAGCAAAAAAUACUUUUUGCUCAGGAUCUGAUCUGAAUGCUGUGAAGGCACUCUCAACUCCAGAAAAUGGAGUGGCCUUAUCUAUGUUCAUGCAAAACACCUUAACAAGAUUUAUGAGACUACCAUUAAUAAGCGUUGCUCUGGUUCAAGGCUGGGCUAUGGGUGGAGGAGCAGAACUUACUACAGCAUGUGAUUUCAGGUUAAUGACUGAAGAAAGUGUGAUCAGAUUUGUCCACAAGGAGAUGGGUAUAGUUCCAAGCUGGGGUGGUGCCAGCCGGCUGGUUGAAAUCAUUGGCAGCAGACAAACUCUCAAAGUGUUAAGUGGGACUCUCAAACUGGAUUCCAAGGAAGCUUUAAAUAUAGGCCUGGCUGACGAGGUCUUACAGUCCUCAGAUGAAGCUACGGCUCUAGAACAGGCACAAAAGUGGCUGGAGCAAUUUGUCAGUGGACCUCCACAAGUCAUUAGGGGUUUAAAAAAAUCUGUCUGUUCUGGCCGAGAAUUGUAUUUAGAGGAGGCAUUACAGAAUGAACGAGAUGUUUUGGAAACACUGUGGGGUGGACCUGCAAAUUUAGAGGCUAUUGCUAAGAAAGGAAAACAUACUAAAUAGGUUUUGAAAUGCAAGUGUCCUGCAAGUGAAGCUGCAGUGAGAGCAUGCAUGGAGGGGAAAGGAUACUAGAAAUCAGCAGAACUAAUCAUCCGAAGACGCUUUGAUGCAGAUUUGGUUUGGGUGGCGUUCUCCACACUUCAACUCAGUGCUCUGUUGUCUGUCUUUCUUAACGUUUAACACUUCUACCAAUUUCUACAUUCCUGUAGUAAUUCUUAGCCUGGGCUUAUAUUUUGUGACAAACUUACUAAGUUAACCUUUAAGAGAGGGUCUUAAACUUGCUAUGUAGCCAAGGGUAGUCUUGAAUUUCUGACCUUCCUGCGACCGCCUCCCAAAUGCUUGUUAUUACUGCUAUUUUUGGCUGUUUCAGUCUUUCUUAAGUUGAAAUAAUUUAAAAAAGCAAAAUUAAAAACAAACUUAAAGGACCUUAGUAAAUCUUUCAUAUGAAGCAAAAAGCUGGGAGAAAUUAGAGGCAUGUGGGAAAUAUUAGGGUUUGUGUGUUUGUCUGUGUGUGUGCGUACUCUGUACACCUUGGAUUCUGAUGGGAAAUGGUUCUUCAUUUAAAGAAAAAAAAGGUGCAUCUUUGCCUCUGGUUUUGGAGCUUUUGUUGGUCUUUUCAACUGUCUUCUAUUUUAAAAGACGUACUGAACAGUGAAAGCCACUCUACUGAGCACCGACUGGCUAUACAGAGUAGCAUUGUAUUGGUCCCUAGAAUUUUCAAGUUAACAGUAAAACAGUAAUGUCGAUAGGGUUUUUUAAUUGAAACUAUUAAAGAUUCAUGAAGCAUC